GUGGACUCUUCAUAAACGGUGUGUCCUCCAUGCAAUUCUCCACGAUGCUUUAUCGUGUCUGUCUAACAGACAUGGAUUAAAGAGUACAAGUUGAGCGUGGCACACAGAUGGCAACCCGUGUACUUUGUCGGAAGGUCCGCUCCGUCCCCAGCUGGAAAAAAGGCUUCACCCAAGCUCAGGUUAUUCAUACCAAACCAAAGGAAGAGAUAGGUGAUCAAGAGGAAAACAAAGUGCCCAAACAUCAGGACACUUUUUUCCGAGACGGAUACAGACUGCAUUACAAUCCUUCAUCAUAUCAUCAGUUUACUAGCAAUUCCUCCAAUGCUGGCUCUCAGAUUGAUAAUUAUGAAGAGGAUCAGUUUUUCAGUGCUCAAGCACCUUCCUUUUGGCAACGUAAAAACCACUACAGUGUGAGUUGCUCACGGCACCUCUCAAGCUCCAAAAACACAAUACUUGAUUUAACUUUUAACAAAGCCUCUGAAACCAAGGAGAAGUCUGGAAUCUACAACAGGAAGCCGGUGCAGCCAGAUGUUAAAGUGGACACACGAGCUUUCCUUAAAUGCAGUCCUGAGUACACUUCCCUGUCCCUCGACCUCACUCAGCGACCUCACCCAGUAGAAUGGGUUGACGUGCUGCCAGUACUUCAAAAAGUGUCUGUUUUAAAGGGCAGGAUGAAGCCGUCUGAUGUUUCCCAUUUUCUUGUACAGCUCAGCAAUUUGCACCCAGACAAGAUGCCUUUGUUGAAAAGUGACCAGAGGUUUGUCAUGCUUCUCCGAUAUUCUGUGGAGCAUAUCCGCUCCUUCUCUGAGCUACAGCUGUUGGAGAUAUUGCAGUCAUUUGUGUGGUUGGAGAUACCCUCAUCCCACACCAUGUUAGAGGUGUAUGAAGCUGAAUUUUGCCGCCGGACCAACCAGCUGACUUUACAUCAAUUAUUGUUUGCCGCUGACUUGUGGCGCUGCAUUGGGAGGCAAGUGCCACUGUUCUUGAAGCGCCUCUAUGUCUCCAUUCACCUUUAUAUUGGGCAAGUAGGAGUCCCUGAGCUGGUGCAACUGCUUUAUAUAAUUGGAGAAGGUAGGCACUGUCCAAAAGAUUUGGUCCGUCCAAUAGAGCAACUUGUCUUGUGUCAUUUAGCAAACCUGCAUCCUGAAGAGAUUGGCACUGUAUGUCUUGGACUCUUUAAAUCUCAAACCUCUCUUCCAGAGAGUACAGUUACUAGUAUUGUUGAUAGGGCACUCUCUUUUGUAACAGAGAUGAGUGAUUUUGCAAUGGUUAAUGUGCUGAAAUAUCUGCGAUUCAGUUAUCUCUAUCACAGGGCCUGGCUAGAAGCUAUGGCACAGGAAGUUCCUCGACGAGCCCACAGGAUGGGAGUCCAGGGCCUGAUGCAUGUGACUUUGACCUGUUCAGCUCUUCAUUACCGUGAUAUCAGCAUCCUGACUUCUGUUGCUGAAAGAGUUCCUUCUCUAGUGCCAUAUUGCAGGAGUAAAGACUCAAGUAAACUCCUGUGGGCCUUUGGCACCUUAGGAUUUCUUCCAGCUGAGAGUCCAGGUUUUUAUCCGAGCUUGACAGAUGGGUUGAGGCAGAGGAAAACAGAAUUCCAUCGAUACCCUGAACACCUGCUGACUGGCCUUCUAGGUCUGGCUUUUGUCUCUCAGUUCCCAGAGGACCUUGUUUCAUUAGCUUUGAGCCCCGAGUUUAUCCACUUAGCACUGAAAAACUCCCAACUAGAGCUCAAAAAAGACUUGUUCACCUUGGAUGCAGCUGUGGCUCUGGAGAUUCCUCAGUGGAAUGGCCCACGGUUGAGUGCUGAACUCAGGGAAGAGGUGGUGGAAAUGCUUUGGAAAUUUGCACAGUCAGAUGUUUGCCUAAAACCAGAAGUUUUGGAAGCAGAAUUGUCUCUUCAGGAUCUUCUUGGAGGAGAAAAAUUUGUAUGCAAGAGAAUGAUCCUGCCCCACACUCGCUCCAUAGACCUUGAAGUACAUCUGGACUCUAAUGGACAGCCAAUACCAGUGGAUUUACUUUGUCCAAAAAUGAGUCUCACAGUGAUUCCUUCUCCACAAAGCUGGGAGAAAAGUAACUCUGGAGUACAUAUCACUGACAAACUUUUAGCGCAGUUGAUAAGAGGCAAAAACUCCACGGAUUCCUUAGCUGCGUCUGUUAAAGUUGCAUCCAAACCAUGCCAAAGGUUACCACCUGAUGAGGGUGGAAGACUGUUUGACUCUGUUCUAGAUCUGACCAGUGACAUGAUAGAAACACUCACCAAACCCAGCCGUAAAAGAUCCAAUCAGCAGGAUUCAGCUGGUCAAGGGUUCAAAGGCUCUAUCAAACUCGCUGUACAAAUCUCUAGCAGGAACCACUAUUGUAUACAGUCGCAGCAGCUGCUUGGUCUUCAUGCCAUGAAGAGACGACACCUGAAGAUGGCAGGGUACCGGGUGGUGGAGCUGAGUCAUUGGGAGUGGUCUUCAGUGAUGAGGAAAAGCAGGGCAGAGAAGCUGGCGUAUCUUCACUGCAAAAUCUAUGACAGUCUGUAACGAUUCUAAGACCUCGAGAAGAAUCAAUUGAACAGUAUUGCAAAAAUGUUCAAGGCCUCUCUGCAUCCUGUAGUGUUGAGUAUGUGUAAAGCACUGAAAACAUUUAUUUGGCAAAUAUUUUACUUCCUGUUUGGAAAUAUAUGGAUUUCCAAACAGGAUGCUGCACUCAUAGAAUGCAAUGAAAUACAAUAACACAA